AUGUCGCCCUCCACUUCCGAGACGAAUGGGAACAUUCACCAAACUGAUUCCACGACGUCGACCACAACUUUUCAAAUUCCUCUCUAUCAAAAUAAUAUCCAUCUUCUUCUGAAUUACAAUCAUCAUCAGGAGGCUAAUAACCAAAAUCAAAACUUUAACCAUUCUAAUAACAUGAGUUACAACAAUCAUAAUAAUGCGUUAAUACAACUCAUUUCGAAUGCUUCUCCGUUGAGUGUCAUGAUGGAUGAUUUAGAUUCCAUCUUGUCUCCGUCCUCAUCAUCAAGACGCAAUGGAAUGAAUCAUCAUGAUGAAGAUGAUCAUCCGAUUCAUGACAUGACAGAACAAGGUUAUUCAUCAAAUUCUCUUCGAAGAAAAACAACGACUGGCACUUGUGAAUUAUUUCAACCAUCAGCAGCAGCAGCACAACAAACUUCUCCUCGACAUUCUCAAAACUUUUCUCCACAUCGAACAAGUUCAUCCAUCAUACAGUCUACCAUGUCAUCAUCUCCAUUGAGUGUGAGUUCACAAAAUUCAGUACUGAACUCGAGUCAUUAUAAUUUGGAAGCAUUAUUGACAACAUCAAAUUCAACAUCGUCAACAACGAACAUGAUUUCUUCACCGAGAAAGAAAUCCGCUCGAAGAAGAUCUUCAAUGCCUGCACAUGAAAUUGCAAAUUUACACAAUGAAAUUGCGGAAUUUGAUCUUAAAAAUGAUCAAGGUGGAGAUCAUGAUAGUUUCAGGGAGAGUGUGGUCAACACACACGUGCCCACAAAAAAUACAAUUACGGAACAAGUGGAUUUGAUUAGUGACAGUAGUGGAUUAAAACAAGUUCAAAAUGUCUUGACGGAAGAUAUUCGAGUGUUGAUUGGAAAAAGUAAACUACAUCACAGGCAGCAACCUUCGAAUUUGGAGGAAUUGCAUUUAAGUGAACAAAUAUCCACUCAUCAAGAUAUUAAUGCAAAACAACCGCCACCCUUACCACCGAAAAAAGGUCAUGUCAGAAGUCAAAGUAGUCACUAUCUCACUAAUAAUAGUGGUAUCAGCAAUUCAACAGGUUCUCUCUCAAAACGAGUGAGUUUGAAAGGAGUUGGAGAAAAUUUAACACUGGUGGCAUCUCACGAAAAUGAUGACGAAAUCCAUAUCGAUCGGUCGACACACACCAAGUCAGCUGUCACGCCACCUGGACUCUCUUCUCAAUCUUCAGACACUCUAAUUUUGAAUGCUCUAUCAGAGAGUCAUUCACCGAUUAGCAGUACGGAUGGAGUUGGUAGCAAUUCGAGCUCAUUUUCUGAUUUAUCUUCCGGAAAUGUGAAACGACGAAGAUCACUAUUGCGUGACAAGUCCUUUCCAAUGUCACUCCAUACUUCCACUACUUCAGCUCAAUCCCGAAAAAAGAAUUUUCUCAGUAACAGCUCACAACAACUCAUGAAUAGCAUGAAAUGGUGGGAACAUUUUGAUAUCAUGCCUCUAAUUUUGUCAUUUAUAUCUCGAAGUGAACAGAGAUGCGUAGCAAGAUGGGUCUGUAAACGAUGGGCCCUCAUUGUGAUUGAUGCAGACUAUGAUGCUCAAAUUGUUUUCAGUACUUCACCUUCGUCGAGUAAUUCUUCUUCUCCGAGUGGCUCAAAUUCAGCAUUAAGGCGAAUGACUUCCACACAGACUUUUUCAAGAAAAGGAUCGAGCAGUGCUUUUAAUUUGUCACAUGUAGCAUUGAUUCAUCAUUCAGUGGCUCGAGGUUUUUGUGGAGAAGACAACUGUGGACAUGGUUUCAUGUAUCGAUUUUGUGACUUGAUCCAAAAUCGAAUUCAUAGACAAGAGAAAGUGGCACCACAAUUACUGAACGACUCACAAAAAUUUGAAUGGAAUUCUCACAUUCAGUACAACGUGUGGAAUGAAGAACAUUGGAAAGCAAUGAAUGAUUUAAGAAAAAAACGUGCGUUAACAAUAUCUUCCUCAAAUUUUGCCGCGAAACAACAACAACCAGAAAAACGUCCAAGCAAAUUUACCUUUUUUUCCAAAACUUCUAUCACUGAAAUGCUAGAAGGAAUGCCACAAACAUCACAUCAUCCUGUAUCCUCUACUGGUGGCUUCUCUACUAAUGGAACUUCACACAAUAUUGAGGACAUGCUCAAUGCUUUUCCCUAUUUUAUCAAAUUGACAAAUUCAAAAGACACCAAGGAUUUCUCAGUUGUGGAGGAACUUAUCCGAAACAAAUUUCACACCAACUCAAAUUUUUAUUUACAAUUCUUCUUUGUGGUGUGUCAACAACCACAUAUUUUCAAUGAGCUAUGUAAACUUGGAAAUGCCAAUCUUCAUUUAGCCAAAGAAAAUAAGCAACCAGUGUAUAAUGCAACGAUGGAACAAAUUUUGGAAACGUUCAUUGCCAAUCAUGCAGUCGCGAAAAUGUCACCUGAAAUGCUCCUCUACAAAUUAUUUGAAAGAGUAUUCACACUGGAUAUUGAGAAUCAUUCAAAAUUUUGGUUGAAAUGCUUUCCAAGUAUUUCUUCAAGCUCUAUUUGUAAGCUUGCUGAGAGUAGCACCGAAUGCAAACAUGACAUUUUCAAACAGUUCUUAUUCGAAGUCGAAAUGUUGUUAGAUAUCUUUUAUAUUUGGAUCAAGGACUUUGGACUCAGAAGAGAGUCAGCUAUUGAUUUGUAUGACAAAAAUUUGGUACCAUGUACAUUUUUGCAAAUUGAACUUAUUGAACAUUUUGCAUCAUAUGCCAUAUGUCACUGCAGCUUCUCCAAUAAUGAGACAAUUAUUCACAAAAAGUGUUUGAAAAUUUUCAAGCUCAUCGAUCAUGUAAGAGAAUCACUCGAUUUUGAAAGUUAUCACAUGCUCGAUCAAUUGGUACUACGAAGAAAUUCAUGGAGCGAUGGAGUAGCAUCCAAUAAUAAUGGCACUCUUGAAAAUCCACUCAUAGCCGCAACGAAACAAUCCAAAUGUAUUCUCAUUCCAGAAAACUUACAACAGCCUUUAGCAACAUCAUUGUGUUCCAUUGAAGAUUUAGUCACUCAUCAAUUCAUUUUAAUGGAUUACUUAUUUAGACAUGUGAGUUUUUAUGAAGUACGGACUCUUGCCUAUAAGGCCAAUAAUGCUCAAAGUUUGGACCCUUCACAAAUUCAAGAAAUGGCCAUCAAAAAGCUAGUCUUAAUUUUCAAUAAUUUGAGUAAUUAUCUGACAAGCAUGUGCUUAAUGGAAGAAUCAUUGGAAAGACGGUCACAAAUUCUUGAAAGAAUUCAACAAUGCAAAGCUCUUAGUUUUCACAUGAACGAUUUUAGUACCACAUUGAUUUGUGAUUCUGCCACAAAUUCUUCAGCCCUCACCAAUAACAAAUUUACCAUUACAAGAUCUCAAGAAUUGAUGGGAAAAGAAUUGUGUAAUCUUGUGGCAACCAUUUCUGAAAAAUGUAGUAUUAAGGGGCUACGUCAGGAGGCACUUUCCAAAGAGAUGGAAUUGAUUAUUCCUAAUUUAGGAGCAUUUCUGACAGAAAUUUCAUUUAUUGGGGAAUACAAUCAAGAUUUAAUCAUAACACCAAACUAUGGAGCUACCUAUAAUUGUCACAAAUUUCAUCUCAUGACACAAACCAUGAAAAGAAUCACUGCAAGAAGAAUGAGAAAACCAUCUCUUCACGUUUCUCCAGUCUCUCAAUUACCCGAAAAAACUAGAAAUUUAAUUUUGAAACGAAAAUUAAGUGAAAAAAUCAAAGCCAAGCUGAAACUCAUUCCUCAACAACAUCAACAACAACAGCAACAACCAUCCUCUCUCACUCCACUCAAUUACUCAUCUUUCAACUCCAUUCAACAUAUUAAGGUGAACACACAAAUUCUUGAAUUUUUAGCUUUUCUUCUAUUUCAAUGGCAACCAGUGGAUGAUAAAACAUUGCACGAAUUGGCAUUAAGAAAUGAACCAAGAAAAGCAAAGAAGGAGCAAAUAAAACCAUGA